CACCUAUGUCAACAAAGGAAUUGAAAAGGCCGUUUUUGAUGUACCUGAAGAUGCUCAAAUAAUUGUUCUUAAUUUUGCUAAUGAACGUUCUCCUGGUGGCGGGUAUUUGAGACAUGCCUGGGCACAAGAAGAAAUUAUACUUUACAAUUCCGAUGGCUAUCGAGCAUUGCUUGAUCUAAAAUAUGGACGUAUGGGUGGUGGCUAUGCUAUGCCCGAAUUUGGGCUUGCUUAUGUUCGUGAUAUAUGUUUUUUUGAUAAAAAAACUGACAAGAAUCGAAAAGCUGAUAUGCUCGUUUCUGCUUGUUAUUGUCUUACUGGCUCACCACAACUUUAUGAUAAUCCAAAAACAGACGAAGAGUGGGAAACAAAAACUUUGGCUAAAUUUAAUGCAUUCAUGGCUGCAGCUGUUGCUAAUACAA